AUGUCUAAUGUAAGGUGGGAUAAAAUUAGACAGUCCCAUGUUGAGAAAGAUCCACAAAUUUGGAACUGGGAAGCGAAUCUCCGAUUGGAGAAUGAAUCAUUCACAAUUUUUGUGGAUAAUUUACCUGGCAAUGUUUCGAAGAAUGAAUUGUUUCAUAUGUUCAAGUGGACAGGAAGGAUAAAUGACAUCUAUUUGGCACGUAAGGAGAAGUAUGGCCGGAUCCAUCUGUUUGCUUUCAUCAGAUAUACUACAAAAGGAGGGGCAUUAAAGGCCAUCAAGGAGAUGAAUGGAAUGCGAUUACAGAGCAAAGAGAUCUUUGUGGGUGAGGCUAAGUACAGGAGGAGGAUUGAUGUCCGAAAAAAAACCACUACGCACGAUGAAGAUGUCAGGCAUCUCUUGAUGGAAAACAAGAAAAAAUUAAAGAAAAGGAUAUUGAGGUGA